AUGUACGAAUUACGGAGUACCAACACCAAAGGGGACUUCACAUCCCUCCUUCACCAAGAGCGCAUGGCCUUUGUUGGCGCCAACUCUCAUCACGCCCACCCACGCCCACUCCCUCCUGAGUCCCAUCGCCUCUCCUGGUCUGAGACGUUGACGCAUCAACUUCACUCUUCACCAUACAAGCUCCUGUCAAGAACAUUAUUUUCGCCUGUCUUCUCUCCAUCCACCCAGCUGUUACCAUUUGCAGCAUCAUUUUUCUUCUUUCGCUUCUUUCCACUCCCUCUCCCGCACCCCUUCAACUCCACUUCUGCCUUGGGCUUCCCUUCCCGUUACCUCAAAUUCCCUUCCCGACGAUCUUCGUCGUGCUGCCUCAUGAUGCCGGGAAUAUUCUCCCGCAUCAACAAGGCACGAGAUGCCCGCCAGAAAAAAAAGAACGGCAACAACGACCUCGCCAACUCCCUACCCCCCAAGCCAAGAUGGGACGACGCCUACACUCGCACCUCAGUCGACCCUGACGAGAUUGGCGAACUGGUCCGAUGCUGUACCCAUGAAAUCAAGUCGCGAGGCCUCGAUCACCCCUUUCUGCUCCUACCCUUCCGACCGACCUCCAAUCCCAGUGGCGUCCGAACAUUUCUCCGAAACUUCUUUGGCAAGGAUGGCCUCGAUGCGCCUCUCCACGGUGAGAGACUGCAGCAAGAAGUUCGCAUCGCGGAGCCCAUGGUGCUUGCUUCGGUCCUGAAAUGGUGCUGGAGCCGCCUCCAGGGCGGCGUCGUAUCCUGGGACGCCUACGAACUGUUCAAAAUUGGCGAACUCGGCAAGUACCCGCGCCAAGUCUACAGCUUGAAUAUAUUGCUAACCACAAUCCCCCCCGCAGACUCCAAGCUCGCCAGAGAUUCAUUCAAAACCUUCAUUCCCAUUAGUGUGGAGAGCGACUCUAGGCAACACAUCAUCUUUUGCUUCUUCGAGCUCGUUGCUGCCAUUGCCGCUCACGGCAAGACAAACGGACUCAGUGGCGUCAAGCUAUCUCGCAUGGCCGCUUGGUGGGCGUUUGAGCAAAAGGACACGGGCGAUGGAUUUGAUGGAGGCUACAAGGCCUGGAAAAAGGCCGCCGACGCCACUACUCACCUUUUCUUCGCUUAUCUGCGAUCUCUCUCCCCUGAGCAAGAAUUGACUGGCAUCACGAUGCUUCCCCGAUCUCUUCAGAAACUGCUCAACGAGACCGAGUAUCCUCCGAAAGCCGCUGACAUGCUCGUCUCCCGCACCAACAAGCUCGUCAUGAUAGUCGACUCGGUUUCGCCCACCCCGUUUGCACUCCUUCGACGUGCCAGCAAGUUUGAGUAUCGCGACUCUGACGUUGCUCUCCGCACACUCUCCGACUUUGAUGAUGCUACCGAAGCCCUCAGUGAAGAAUGCCGACGAGUUCUCAAGGCAAUUUCGGCUGCCAACCAGUCCCAGGCUUCCAGCGCAAAGCACUCUACUAGCCUCCGCGAUGCCUCUUGGUCGCGGUUUGAGGACAUCGGCUUCGCAAGUGCUCUGACCGAGGAGGAUGACUACGAGGAGAGUGCCGUCCCGGUCAAACGUCCCCCGCAGACCUUUGGCCCAAGCAAGAGCAUGUUGCACGUCCCAUCCUCUGCCGCCCACGACAUGCGCCCUACCACGCCUUCUUGGGCCGACUUCCUCUCAACUGGCUUUGUCGACGAAUCUGGCAACACCAGCACGCUUGUUCCCCCGGACCAGGUUCUUCCUCCCAUCGAUGUCCAGCGACAGCAUAGUUCUCAGUCGCACCAACCCCGCCUGGAAUCUGAGAGAGACCUGGAACCUGGUGAGCUGGCCAGCAUCACUCCCUUUGACCUAGAUGAUGCAUUUUGGUGGGUUUGGAUGAGCAGUCUCGCCCCCGAAGAGACCAGCGAAAGAAAAUCUGCUUUUGGUCGAUGUGCUGUUCUCGAAACCACCGUUCACAAUGGUGCAUGGCUUGUCAUGGAAGAACUGAUUGCCGGGGCUGCCCCGGACCCGCAGGAGGGCGCCUACAUUGCUGAGAAGAAGGGAUUCUUCAGCUGGACCAAGCGCAGUCGCACUGUCUCACGUCGCAAGUCUAUCAACAAGUAUUCGCUGAGAAGAGGUGACCAGGGCCCUGGCGUUGGCAGCACCACCAGUGUUGGCAACGACACCCAAGCCAAGAUUGCCGCCAAGGCAGCUCAGUUGCGUGCCCUCCAAGAGUCUGGAAACAAGCCUGCCGCUCCCCGGCGCGGUCGCACUGAUGAGGAGGUCUUGGGCGACAAGACAAUCAGCGUCUUCGACCUGCAGCCUCCCAUUGCUGGCGAGGCCUCUUCUGCCAUGAAAUGGGUCAAGAAGUACGACAAGGGAGCUGUUAAGGAUGCUUACCUUUCCAACAGCAACGCUGGCCGCGGCGUCUCUAUUUCCCCUGCUCUGUCGGAGCGAGCACUCGAGGCUGCCACCAAUGGCAACACAAAUGGUAGCGCCAAUGGCAGUGCCGGUGCGAUUGCUGGUAAUGCCAAAGCCACAGAGAGAAAGCCCGUUCCUGCAGCCUCUGUUGAGUCACCUGUCGCUACCCCUGCUCCGAUUGAGAAGGCUGAUGCAUCGAAGCCUGAAGAGAUCAAGGCUGAGACAGCCAAGCAUCCAGAGACGCCGGUUGCACCUCACCCGGCCAAGCAAGAGAAGACCGAGACUGCUCCGGCUCCUCCUCCCAAGAAUGAAUCGCCGAUUGGCUCCCCAGCCGCUCAGCCUGUUGAGGCCCAGCAAAAGUCCCCUGCCAAGGAGAAGGGUGGUCUUCGCAAGCUGUUCCGCAAGAACCGAUUCUCCAAACUUCCUGAGAACUCGGCUGCCCAGCUGAACAGCAUGCUUCAACAAGAUGCCGCUGCUGCUGCCGCGGCCAAGACGAAUAGUGCGGACGAGACCCCUGUCGAGACGGAAGCUAUCGCCGAACCGACGCUAGACAAUUUGGAAGGUCUCGAUGGUGAGGUUAGCAAGGCUGCAAUCCCUGAUCUGGAUGCCGAAGGCGAGGAAGAGUUUUCUCGCUUCGACCAAGGCCCUCUGGCCGAUCAACCUGCUUUUGUCCCUGAGAAUGGGGACGAGGACGACGCUAUCCCCCCGCCUAUCUCACGCCACACACCGGAAGAUGGUGGACAGGACACCAGCGGGCUCGCCCGGACCGCCAGCCCAGGGGUACACGAUAGAUGGGCUCAGAUCCGCAAGAAUGCCUCUGAGCGUGCUUCUCAGCGCCAGACUGACGUGCGCGACCGCAGCAUGCCGACCAGCAAGAGCGCUGCUGACGGAGAGGACGAGGCCAGCGGCGAGGAGACUAUCGAGUCACGCGUUGCUCGCAUCAAGGCCCGUGUCGCUGAGCUAACUGGCAACAUGGAAGGCACCAACUCGCCUCCUCCGGUGAAGAACAGCGCUUAG